AUGUUCGAAGAUUUCUGUGCAGCGCCCGCGGACUCACCUGUUCAUGUGCUGAUUGAUACGAAUCCUUCCAAGUCCUUCUUUGUGGGCCCGUACGACCGUACCAGAAUCGAUUUGGUUGAGCAGUUCCAUCCUCUACAAACUGCUUCAUUUGCCCAAGGGGAACAACUCCAAGAAUUAAGAAGAGCUGCUGGUGUGAAAUCUGUUACAAGGGAACCAACUUUUGUCGAGGCAAGCCCUAUCGAUUCUGAAACACGGGACGACAAUCAAGUCAAUACUGAAGCUUCUCGACCUUCACGGCGUUCGUUUAUGAUCUUUUGA